CUAUGCAUGCGAGCGAUUAUGGAUUGCGGUUAUACUUUCAACAUAUUAUUACCAUGGCUUCUAUUCUUUCUUGCUCCCCGUAUCCCAUCCAUUUGUCGUGACUUACCUCAGUAUAUGGCUGACGUCAGUGGUCUGCUACGGUCGGGCAACUACCUAGGCAUCGAGAACGUUGUGAAGCGUUCCUAUGCCGCAUUCUCCUUCAUCAACACUUUCAUGUCAAAUCUAGUGUUUAUGGUGGCAGGGUAUCUCCUCACUCAUGCACUGCUCAUUUCUUUUCACCACAUGACUUCUUCCUAA